AUGCAGCAGAAACAGCACGCCAAUGAAGAGACCUCCAACAACCGCAGCUCCCCUCAGCUGGCGCCGGAGCCCUGGGCUCCAACCUUCAAGCGCUGUCCGCGGGAAACGCAGCGAGUAUGGGCGUUUGCGGAUGAUGCAGAAGGCCACCGUCUGAAGACCCUGUGGCAGGGUGUCAAAACCCGCCAAGACCAGCCGCUCGCGUUCCGGCCGGGCUUUGAUCCCUUCGUGAUGGCUCUUAGGUCCUAUUUGGAGACCGCAGGAACCACUGAUGACAGCGACAUCGCCACGGCGGCCAUGGCCAAUGGCGUUGUGGGACAAAAAAUCGCCGAUAGUGCUAGCUCACCGCCGCUCGGCCAUGAUGCAGAAGUAGUAGGAAGGGCUCCUGCCCCCGCCGCGGACACCCGAGGCGUCCCUGUCGACGCCAUCCACGGGCUGGCGGAGGUCGUGCUAUCCGCAUCGGUGCCUGCCGAUGCUACCAACGGUGCACCGGGCAUGAGAAAGGCGAGGAGGAGAAAUGGCGAAAACCGCGGGAAGGAGUCGUCCCCAGCUGCAGGCGAUGGUCACAGCGACGAGGAGGAGGAGGAGGAUCUCUUUUCCGCCAUAUUCUCGGCUGCAAAUACCGACGAGUGGUCUGCGAUGCUUGUUGGUUGCGGCGUUGUGCGUUCCCUGGUAAACUCAUUGCAAGCAUGCCUAGAUGUCCGUAUCACCGCGCGAGGCUUAGACUUGACGAGGGCUUCGCCGGCGAUGAGGCGGUCUGGAUCUGCUACAUUCGGCGGCGAUAGAGGAAGCAGCUGCAGCGCGGGGCUGGACGUAACGACCGGCGCGGUGCAGAGUGCGGACUUGGCAAAGGAGGAAGAAGACGGUGAUGGGAUGCCCAGCGUUGACUGGUGCCUUGCGUGCGAGCUUGAGACGGCGCAAGUCGUGGUAAUGAUGGCCCUAGGCGCCCUCCUCUCGGCCCAUCCUCUUGCCGCACGUGAUCGUUUCCAGCGCGCUGGUGGUGCACUUCGUGUUCAUCGAAUAAUUUCUCACCAGCCGGAAAAUUCAGGCAACGACGAGGUGCACGUCUGCGUGUCUUCCGGACCCGAAGUUGAUGGUGAUGCUGCUGCAGCCCCUGUUUCGGCCUGCCCGUUUUUACAGGAGCACUGUGUCUUGGUGGCUCUGCAGAUGUCGCGGCUGAGCGUCCGCGCUGAAGGUAUGGCAGGGUGUGCGCCGCUUGACGUCCUGCAGGGAGCGGCGCGGGUGGUGGGAGCCCUUUCACCGGCCAUGUUAUCGACCUGGCGUAAGUGCCAGGGUCCAACUGUCACUUGCGGGGAUCUUCAGGAUCAGCCACCCCGCCCGAAGCCAACAGAUAAGGACGAGAGGCUUCAGGACAGUGGCCUAGAAGAUCCUGAGAAUAACAACAACCAGCAAGGCGUCUUGUCCCACGGGUUGCUUCCUCUAGGUCUUCCCGGAGAAGUUGCUGUGCCGGUAACCCGUGAGGUCUUUGGUAGCACUACCGAGGGCGGCACGUUUGCACGGGUAGAAUCGUCCUCGAGGAGCUGCAGUUCUACCGCGGAGGUUCGCCGUUUGUUCGACAGCUCCUCAUAUCGGCUGUGUGGACCACGUCCGGGCCAUCCUCUUUCUUCAUCCCGAUCAGCCUUCGCCGGCACUGGUUGGGUAGCGGAUCGGCUGCAGGUGCUGGCACGCGAUCGGGGGCCCGGCGCGGAGACGUUGGUAGACUCUGUUCAUUCUCGGCUGGCGACCUUGUUGGACACUACUGACAUUUUCAUCAUCGUUCAGGAUGCGUGCCGAAUGUCCAUCCCCCCGACCCUGGAAGGUGCCGAAGGUGCGGUGUUACGGUCGGCGCUGGCGUGCGUGUUGGAAAUCUUUGUCGAACCGGGGGUCGUGGGAGGUGCUCCAAAGAACGGAGAAACUUCUGCUCGUGGUGGUGGGCGCGAUAAUUUUCCAGUACGAUCUGGGAGCAAUAUCACCGGCAGGCAAGAACAAUCGACCGGGGCGCCGGUCUCCAGCGAGGGAAAUGUGGCUGCUGCGGCGAUCCGACAGCUACUCGCGUUGAAAUUUUUGCAUCAAGCUGUUCGACGUUGGCCACGCCUUGCCGUGAAGCUGUCGGAGGAACUCGGCCUUUGGGAUGUUAUUUUUUCGGAGCGCUUCCUUUCAGGUUGUGCAUGCCACAUCACCUGCGCAAUGGAGCUUCUGAGUGAUGAUCCCGCCGAUGCCGGCACCAUUGGUUCACGCGCUCCUGGCCGCAGCAUGCUUCGUGAGUACGCGGUCGCGUGGGGGCUUGUGCACGAUGGGGCGUUGCUCCUUCUGGAGGCUGUGGCGAUCGUGCGGUGCCUUUUGCAGUUAGGGCCGGAGGAAUGGAAACGCGAGCACGAGGAUGAGAUCGGGAGUUGUGCCGUUGGGGGUCAAAGUUCAGGACAACAGAGGUCGUCUGAGAUCGAGAAGUAUGUGACCUUCUUAGCUAGAGAAAGGAGCAACCGAUCUUGCGACAAAGCGGCCAUGCAAGGGUGCAAGUGGCUGAGAGUUUUGAUUGCGAUGGAGCCUGCCCUGGGCACCAGCCUGGUCGUACCCCCGUCGCUACGCGUGGCUUCUCUUUGCCUUGCGUUCAAGUUGUGCGACCGUGGGAAUGGUCAUGGGUCUGACGAUGCGUGGGUCUCAGAUGGGGCGGGUUGGCCUCUGGUCCAUGCGUCCCUGUCCCUGAUAGCAGACAUGGUGGCCACCAAUGAAGGUUUGCUUUUCCAGGCUGCGGUGGCGUAUGCUGUAGAUGCGGACGCGACGACGGGAAUGUUAACGGCGUUGCCGGGGAAACCCCGACCACGUCGCGCGACGGCUUCAAUGACCUCGGAUGCAUCGAGUUCAGGUCUGCAUGCCGCAAGUGCAUGGUAUACCUCCGCGAGCGGCGGGUCGCACACGCUCGCCAGCAUCCACAGCUUGAGUCCCCGCACAGGUCCAAACUUUUUGUUUUGUGAUACCCACGUGGGGCAGCCGCCGCCGAGGACGCCACGACCACUACCAGAAGUGCUGUUCAAGGCCGCGUUGGAACCUCGGGCUCGCCGUGCUGUAUUUUAUUGCGCGGCCGCACUGGGAGUUGAGGCCAGCAGGGAAGCUUUGGCGUCGGUAAAUGUCCAACAGCGAGAGACGGCGGUGGCUGUACUCAGUGGACUUGUGGAAGGGUAUAUUUGUCUGUGCGAGCGGGCAGCGGUGGCGACUGUGGCGGGUUCAGCUGCUACGGAUGAUGGACCGAGCCUCUUACUCGAUGCGUUACACGGUGCGUGUGCGCUUAUGCGUUCGGAGGCACCGCGGAACAUGGGUGAGGUGAGUGCCAGCGGUAGAGGCGGCAUUCAGAGCACUUCUGGAGGAGCCGAGAAUGGCCCGUCCUCACGCCCGACGAGACAAGAGGAUACGGGCGUGUUGCCAUUGUUGCAGGAGACGUUUCGAGAGCAUUGGGCGUCGGCCCGCCUGUUGGUCGUGUUGGAGAGUGUUGCGGGUGACCUGGCCGCAUCCAGGUCGACACCCAACUCAUCAUCCGUGCCGAAGGAGGGAUGCUCCGAGAUCGUGACAGCUUGUCUGUCUCUUUUCACCGCAAUGAUGGCAAGGAACUCCCUCGGAAAAAAGGCAAUUAGACGCGCGCUUUCGGAGCACUAUGUCGGAAGGAAGGAUUCGCCAGGGGCAGUGCCAUCGUCAAUGCCCUGCGGUGCCGCUGGUUGGGGCAUCGGGGGUUCAUCAUUUGUCGCCCUGGCGCACCUCGCUGGCGUAGUGUCCUCUGCAUCGAUGUGCGAGUCCUUAGUGGAGAUGUUGAUGGACGGUGAAGUUCCAGAGUGCGUCCUCGACAUUGGACGUGACCAGCUGGGUGGAGCCACUAGAAGCGAAGAAGGCCACAAUUGUGGCCCAGAAGGGAGGGAGGAGGAUUCGGGUGCUUCGUCACCUCCCGAAAUUCGAAACCCUUUUGUGGUGCCACUGAUAUUCCAGCUGCUUCCCGACUGGCCUGCUUCAGAGCAAGAAAACAUCCUGAAAGUGUUUAAGUUGCUGCUGAAGGGUGCGGGUGGGGGUACAGUGAAUCGGUCCCUGUGCUGCGAUGUUCAACCGGCUCUCAUGGAUCAGCUCCUGGAUAUUAUUCCACGACUUAACGGCAGCGGUAGCGAAUGCGAAGACAGCCUACAAGAGCUCGCAAUCGACCUCGUCCGGCUGUUAGGCUCUCAUUCGAUCAACGUGGCGCAGCUGAAGAAGAUAUUUCGGCUGCUACAACCUCUGUCCGCCGUCAGCACGAAACGCAUGGGAACGUCGCCUACGUCGAUUACCAGUCUCCCUUUGCAGCCACCCUGGAUGUGCAGUCUCCUUCGCGCCCUCCGCGGCAUGAUGGAUGACGAACCUGGGCCCCAACGCUUUUUCCUUCUUGACGGUCUCAACUCCGGCUUGCGUCUGCCGCGGAUGCCCCACUGGCCGGCCCAGAAGGGCUACACUUUUUGCGCAUGGGUGCGCCUGGAGGUGGGGCCUGAGUCUUCUGGCGAAAAAGAUGGCGGAGCUCGCAGCGGCAAUAGAACCAUCCCGGUGGCCGAGGCUCCCUGCCUCUUCAGCUUUUGUGGUGAACAGCGGGGUCAGGGAGUUGCGGCAUGCUUCAUCCCCCUGCGUAAAAAGCGUAGAAGCGUGCAACGCGGCGCCGCCGUACCGACCACGGCGUCGACCGCAGAGACCCCACAACAGUAUGCGCUGGAGCUCAGAGUAGGGGCAGGAUGGAAGAAGCACCCGGCAAUUGUCCGGUUUCCAGGCAUUGUGGUCACAGCCGGUGAGUGGGUGUUCGUGGCCGUCGCUCAUGCGGCACGUAGAUGGGGGCAGCGUGGCGAGGCGUCGGUCCUUGUAGAUAGCUCCUGGCGCACCUCUGCCUCGCCCUUUCCUCGCUUUGGAGACGGCGGAGUGGCGACAGCAUCCAUAGCCUGCCACUGCCCGCGUCGAGCCAAAGCUGCAGGGGGGGAUUCUACAGAUACAGGAGAGGGCACGGGUGCCAAGGUCGCCGGGCGGCCGGUGUUGUGCAGUCUCAAGGGGCAGGUGCUAGUUGACCCAAACAUCGCCUUCAUGUGUGGUGCACCCUUCUUUCAGAUGGGGCCGAUCUACCUCUUCGAGGGCAGCGUGUCCGAGUCAUUGCUACGCGGCAUCCGUCAGCUCGGCCCCGGCUACGCUUUCAGCUUUGAGCCUCCUCAGGUGGACUUGCGUGAAGUAGCUUUGCUUCCGACCAGCGAUCCUUCCCUGCAACCGCUGUCGGAGAUGGGGAUGGGAAGCCCAGAGUUGAACGCGAAUGGUGGUCUAAAGGAAAGGAACGACGACGGUGAGAGUAGGCUACGUCGUGCCCAAGCAGCGGCUACAGCAGCUGCAGCGGCGGCGCGUCAACACCUGCAUAAAGAAGCUCUCAGUGGCUCCCUGACAUCGCGCAUCCUUCUGGCGUAUAAUCCCAGCGUGUGGGGCGGCGAGUAUUUUCUCGAUAACACUCCGGAGCAUAACCCUGUGAGGUGGACCAGUAGCGGCUCCCAGGCCUCGUCCAGUUGGGGCGGACAGACAGAGCGCCGCCAGAUGAUCUAUUCCAUGGCUGGCAGUCAGGCACAUGUUCUCGUUCAGCCUCCUACCGUAAGCCAGCCCCGUGCGGGCGAUGACGGUGGCGACCUUCGCGCCCGUCGCGCACGGCUUGGUCCUGCUGGAGGGCCCUCGAAUGACCGGCCGGACGCCCCGGCUGGGCGAAGCCGUGGGUGGUCUGGGUGCUCCGGGGGCUCUGGUGUGGACACCAUUGACUACGAAGGCGAAAGAGCAGUGUUUGUGCGCCCUCGCCGACGGCCGGGUCACAUGCACGCGAUGAGACUUCCGGGCACUCGGGAGUGUGUUACGCGAGACGUGCGGGACGCUUUGGAUUGUCUAGGCGGAGUGAAGGUGCUCUUGCCACUGUUCGCGCAGUACGAUCACGGGGUUCAUCGUGGUGGAGCUGCCCGUGUAAGCUACCGGACCGACCCACGGUUGAACGAGAACGUGCUGGCUCUGCUUGUUGGAACGUUGCGAGACAGGACCGCAUUAACCUACAUCGACCGCGUUGCUUGUGUCCUGUUGUUUGUCCUCCGUCCGCUCGGUGCGUCUAGCGUGCCCAACCAACGCUUUCUGCGUCGAUACGGUGGACUUUCACUCAUCCCGUUCUGCCUUGAACGGGUGAGUCCGCAACACAUGAACGCGGGGGCUCUUGCGCAAGCGUGUCGGUUGGCAGACCGCCUUGGUGCUUGGAGUGAGGAUUGGGCGGACUCUACGAUCGAAUCGCUCCUCUCGCCAUCCCGCCUUUGGGUCUUCGCUCCAACUGAGGUUCAAAUGACUCUGGUCGGGGUUCUUCGGGGGCUCGCCCGACGGUGCCCCGGUCGAAUGCGCCGCGUGGUCGGGGUGCAGCAGUGUCUGGACGCACUUGAUCUGUACUACUGGUACACUCCACCCGCGAACGAAGGCGAUGACGUCGAUCCAUCAAGCGAAACGAGCCCAGUGGAGGACCCGGCGGCGAAGGCAUCAACGGGCGGGAACCGCCGCAACCGCGGUAGUGUCAAUGAUGACGGCGACAGUGGCGGUGCGGGUAGCAAAGACUGGUCAUAUGUGUCUCGGCAGUGGGUACACCCGUCAACAGGAGAGGUUCUCGGGGUCAAGGCUUCAGGCGCGGUGCUCGGGGAGAUACGAGCGCGUUUGCUCGACACAGUUGUUCUCAUGGCAUGCGACGGAGAUGGUGUUUGCAGGGCAGACGUGGCAGCGAUGCUUGGCUUUCUGCGGAGCUGUCGGGACGAUUUAAGCCGCUGCGAAGCGCUGCGACUUAUUCUCCGUUUCACAGAUGACCCUCACCAGGCCGGCCGAUUUGUAGUGGCCUCCGGCUACGUUGCGACUGAGGAAUUCGGCGUUGAAGAUGAUGAUGACAGUCCUGGCCGCGGGCCUGGUCGGGGUGGCACCGCUGUUUCGCUCUGUUUGUCUCUGGUCCAGGGGUCUGAUCCAACUGUGCGACUUUUGGCGUUCCUGGCAUUAGGGCAGACGCUGAUCGCGUGCCUUCGAAUAGAUUCUGGAGGCAGGGGUGUCGACAACUUGCCAGACACAGACGGGCCCGCAAAUCAGCAGUUCUCAGCCCACCGCCACAACAGCGCGCAGGAUUGCCCAGCUAGCACCGCCCAAAACGCAUUCGCGGCCUCCGCUGCGGCUUCAACGUCGUCGCCACCGGGAUUAUCGACACCGCCGCCAAGCACUUCAAUAAUGGUCGAGUUUGCUGGUGGUGCUGAUGCAAAGGUGGAAGAGCUGGUCGUUCUCACGGGAGCUCCGUCUGCUCGGGAAAGCGCCGGCGGAGGAAACGCAGACGAGGCGAACAAUCGCAGGGGCGAAAACAGCGGCAGCGGUGGCGCAGACGUGUUGGAACUUCGCGGGGGGGUCUGGGAACAUAUCGGGUUGCCCAGACAUAAAAUCAACGACGUGCUACAAUGGGCCCAGCGGCAAGUUACCGGUGCGGAACAAGUAGCUGCUGCUAUCGCACAAGGACGGAGGUGGGAGAAGCCCGACGGUCGGCUGCCGAGAACGGUGGGGUCCUCGGAAGAGAGCAAACGGCGGCCGGAGGAAGAAGCGGCAGCAGAAAGUGCGGUGGCGAGGGUCACCAUGGAAGUGCUGCAAGGGCUACUGAUUGGUCAACUACCUCGAGGCUUCGCGGCAAGCGUUGUAGACUCGCGGGAGCAUCCUGGAGACUCCAAGGCCCCAACUGUUUCCCCAGCAACCGACCAACCGAUGGACCCGUUCUUUCUGGAAUCCCCGCCAAGUUUCUCCACGCGGAAGUCAAGGUCAGGGGAUAGACCAAGUGCUCCGUUACGUCAGCGUUCCCGUCCCCGAUCGUGGCGAACCGGACCAGGAAGGUCAUCUGGGUCAACUUCUGUUCCUUCUCCCCUCUGCAUCCAUCUCCCUGAGGCCUUUCCGGCACUCUGCCAACAAGUGGCGAUGGCGCCGUUGGGGGCUGCGCUACGUGGAGAAGCCAUCGAGACGCUCGUUGCGGCCGUUCAGAGUCAGCGUAACGCGGAGAUCAUCCUGUGUGUGGAUUCUUGGCAGCAGUACCUUCUGAGCGUAGUUUCGUCGGCGCAAGGCCGGCAAGCAGUCGCCACCGCCGCCGCUAGUGCCUCUGGCGGUGAGAAUUAUCCAGCAAGUCAAAGGACAUCCAUUGCCGACUGUACAGCUGGGGAUGAAAAUUCGGGCCGGCACGAUUGGAGAAUCGCCAGUGACGAGGCAGCGAGAGAGGACCAGUUGGUCGAUCAGACAGUGAGGCUCAUCUGUUGGCUGGCCAUGUGCAAGGCUCGGAGCGGGAAGCCUGGAAGACCCGGCGCAGGGUUCGCAGAACUUCAGGAUACCAUGUCGUUCCUGCGUUGCCAGGGAGAGCUCGGGACUAUGGCAUGCGUGUCCGUGGGGGAAAAUAUGUUGCGCUACAUGGUGAGAAGCGGAGUUGCGAGUUUGUAUAUGGUCGAACAUCUACUGGAGGACAUGGUCAAUGUCAUCGUGGUCGCAUCGUUGAAUCUCAAGCGUGUGACGUUCGUGGUGAGCCUGCUGAAACGCGAAGUCGAGUACCUUGAGAGCGAAGUCAACGGCUGGGCGCGCGGCUCUCAUUUGCCUUCUCAUCGACCAAUGCUCGGAUCGGGUGGUGGCCAUCAUGGCGCCGCUGCGGUGCUCGCAUGUGUGUGGCCGUUGGCUGCUCUCGUUGUGGAAUUCGUCACCAUCCCGCCUGUGGCAAACCCGCCUGCCGUUGCCGCGGCAAACGCGCCAACGCCCUCUGCGGCGGCGUUGGCGGUUGUAACCGCAGCAAUUAGCGACGAUGAAGGGUCUUCUCGAUGGAGCGGCGAGUCUCUCAUCUGCCAGUCCCCGAUACAGGGAAUUUUGCAGUGGCUCGACACCGGCAUGUCACUGCCAUCCUGGCCAUCGCCACCACCGCCGGUAACUCCAGAUGCGCGCGCUAAGGUCCCGCGAACAGACAUUUUCUCGCGGGAAGUCCCCGCCACCCUCGCCGCAGGCUGGCGGGCGUGGGAGCUUCUGGAUGCCACGGUGGACCUCAUUGGACCUACGGGAGAUACAUUGUUGUGGGAUGCAAGGUACCGCCAAGGUUUGUGCGACGAGGCAGGGGCAACCAGUGGUAUCGGUAAGGGGGUCCACGCGGCGAGGACUGUAGACCCUGGUGCCGAAGACGUGCUGGACUGGGGUCGUCGAGAAUGCACAGGUUUGGGAUCUUCGGCUCACGCUCGUCGCUUUGCUGAUGAUCGCGGAACCCCUGGUGCUCCUAGGAGAAUGAGUGGCGGCGGCGGCGGCGGCGGCGGCAGCAGUGGAACUGGCUUUCUCGGGGUUUAUCGUACGACGCGGUUCAUAGAUAGCAAGGGGAAGACAGCAAACCCACUCGCCGACGCAGGUGAUGUCCCAUGGAUGCUCGUGCGAAUUCUGCUGGCGGUGUUUGUCGGCGGAGGGACCGCUGGAGGGCACACGGAAGAUGACGCCCCGAAGGAGAAGCCCAACCGGCGGAAAAGUGGCAGCAUUGGCGGCAGCAGCGGGAAGUUUGGUGGCGGGAGUGGCAAGGGAGGCGGCGGUGCCGGCAACGGCCCCCCGAGCACUGCUCUCGUGGCCCUCCAACGCUUGAUUGCUCUGUUGAACAGCCUAGAGUCGUCGGGCUACGAGCACUUGGAGUUCGAGGUGUUGAACGUGGCGGCUAGAGUGUCAACGGCGCUGCGCACGACAUGCUUGACUCCGAAAUCGGCUUGGGUCUUGGGUGCCCUACAGCUUUUGGGGCAGGAGCGUACAAAAAAAAGCGGAAGUGGUGUCUCGAACACUGCCACCGCGGCACCGCUCACGUGGGACUUGCUGGAAGCUGCGUUUGAGCCCAUUUCGGAAGAAGGAGCGGGCCACGAAGCGACGGGGCUCGCUCGUCGGUUUGACCGAGGGGGGAUGCACAAGCUCGCUCUGCAGACGCUUGUGCGUGUCCGUGCGCUGGAGGGUCGUGGAGGUGAAGCCGGGAUCCGAGUGCCCGCUGACGUGCUGAAGUUGAUGACGGCUGUGAAGAGCAUGGAGACCAGCAGGGCGUUGGUGCUUGCAGAGGCAAAGGAGAGGUACGCUGAGGCGCAGUGGGAGGUCGUGCUCAAACAGCUUGCGACCGAAAGAGGACCGUGGGGUCGUGGCGUGGAGGCCCUUGGUCUCGAUUCUGUUUACUGGACUCUUAGCACUCGUGAGGAUGACUACGGACGCCGACUGAAGCUCAUCCGGAAUCCCUCCGGUAGCCUGCACACCAUCGCUAGCGAGCGUACGCGGGGGGCGACAAGAACCUCGCCGUUGUCCUCCCGGUCGUCGUUGCGGGCAGCUGGUGGGCGGAGGACGUCGCUCAAGACACUUUUCAGCACCAAGAGCGGAAGCGAUGUGUUUGGGGAUGCUGCGGUGGCCAAUGGCGCCGCUCUCCGGGGACCUGCAGGCGAGUAUGCCCAUGCCGGGGUCGAGGGGCACGAGGUGCUUGAGGAUAGACUCGGCAGCCGCAAGCGAUCGGACGUCCGAGAGAUGUCGGCGCAGACCAGCCUUUGGCGAGAUUUGUGCAAGUACCAGCAGAAAAGUUUACGGGUGAGGAGGAGUGGCGAGGGGUUUGGGGAACAAGCGGAGGAGACGGAGGAAGAGGAGGAGGAAGAAGACGAGGAACAGGAGUACGAGUCAGAGUAUGGUGAAGAUGACGCAGGCAGCAGCAGCGAUGCUGAGGGGAGCGGCGAUGUCGAUCUUGCCAGGGACGGAUCGCAUCGGAACCGACGCGACACAUCUGCGACUUUCUCCAGCGCGGGGGACGUUGUGCGCGCGUCGUGCGUGACCCCUGGCACUAUUCUCGUAGAGGGCCACCGUUUGGUAUUUACACGGUUGCCAGAUGCAAGUGCUACCAGCAUGGAAGGAGAGAACGCCGGUGGCGGGGGUAACAGACAAGCGGGCGAGGUCCACGACAACUACCGAUGGGCGCUGCGGCCUGCGCCGACCUCCUCAUGGUCUACCUCAGGGCUACGCCGUAUGCUGUUCCGCCCGUACGGUGGAAUGCGCUUUGCGGCGCUGGAGAUGUGGUUCAGGGGCGGCGGGACCAACGACGAGGGUGGAGCAGACGGCUCACUUUUGCUCGGUCUUCCCAGUGAUUCCCUCGCAAACGGCCUGUUCCGGGCCCUCCGGCGUACGAGACCACCUUCGCUCGAGCCGUUCCUCGGUCGUCUCCCCGCAACGGUGGUUGCGCGGUCGAAGGCAAAUACAUGGGGUGCUUCCGCGGCGGGAGGGAGUGGGAUGUUCGUGGGCGCAUACGGUGAUGGGCGUAGCGGUACCAGUGGCGUCGGUGGCGGGGGUGGCAGCGGGACGAAAGCUGUGUCGGGCGCGGCCGAGAUGGCACGCACACCCCUUACGCAGGCGUGGGCACGUCGACGGUGUGGCGUUACGAAUUUCGAUUACCUGCGAGGGCUCAACGCUGCAGCUGGGCGAACGACUUCAGAUCUGUCCAGAUACCCGGUGUUUCCGUGGGUGCUAUCGGAGAGAGCGUGGGCAGCGGAGGAGCUGGAUCUGAAAGAUGAGCGCAAUUUUCGGGAUCUAGCAUGGCCAAUGGGGGCCCAGCGGCCAGAGCAGCGAGAGUCGAUUGGGCUGUUGGGGAACGCGUCGCAGCACUCUUUCCACGCGCUGGUUUUGUUGGUGGCGCUCUCUACAGUUAGGGGUGUCAAAGCGGAAAAUUUCCUAUAGGAAAAAAUUCGAAAAAGCGUCCUCGGAUCUUGCUGAUGGAAAAUCGACCAACCAAUGAAAUUGCACGAAACCGUCGGAACCUCCCGAAAAGACCCUCUGACGCACACGCGCGAGGGCGCGGCUCGCCUGUGUGCUUUGCGCCCUGCUAUGGGGCACAGCACAACACCAUUGCGCGGUCCCACUCUAGAACACAUGCCUCAUGACACACCCGAGCAGCAGCCGGGCGGUGAAGCCACGCAGACACCUGCCGCCGCCGCUGCUGCUGCUGAAAAAAACAGCAGCAGCAGCAGCAGCGGCGGCGGCGGCGGCAGCGAGGUUGAGCCUGGCUCUCUUCCACAAUUUUCUUACUUUUGACCAACUCCCCCUUCGUUUCCUCCAGCGUUCUCUCUACGACGGUGAGGCUGCCGCGUUCGAUAGCGCGCCGCGUGUUAUCUUCUGCUGACGCGGCAACCAUACACUGCCCCGUCCUCUCUUCAAACUUCGUUUUGUUUUGAUUCAGCUUUCGCGCAGCGCGCCUCCUGCUGCCGAACGGCGGACCUCGGUUUUUUUUUUGGGAGGGUCUG